UCCACCGUCUGGUAUCUUCAGAUUGUCGCCCAUGACCAACGGUGCUUCAAAGAUGGCAGCUGCCUCAGCAGGCUGUGGCUGGUCAGUGCUUAAAUGGGCCACAGGAACCAACUUCGCCAUCCAGCUGGCCGGCUUCUCAAUUGCCAACUGGUUCAAAACUGAGAAGUUCUUCGACCUGACUGGAGCCAUGACCAACAUUGUGGUGCCUUCCAUGUGUUUCUUCAUGGGCAGAAAUAAUCGCAGCUCCAGGCUGUUGGUUUGUAAAAUCCAAUACGCUUGUGUAGUGCUCUGGGCUGCCAGGCUGGGCUCUUUCCUGUUCUACCGCGUGAUGAAAGAUGACGGCGACCGCAGAUUCGACAAAAUCAAAAAGAGCACCGCUAGCUUCUUCGCCGCUUGGAUGGUGCAAGGCGUCUGGGUUUCCCUGAUUUCACUUCCCACAUGCUGUAUGUUUCUCAUGCAGAAGAAUAUUCCAGUGCGACCAGCCCCUGCACACAUACUUGGAUGGUCAAUGUUCGCCGUCGGAUUCCUUCUAGAAGCUGUCGCCGACCAGCAGAAAUUGUCGUUCAACUCAAACAAAGAGAAUGAGAAAGAGUUCAUGAGGUCUGGGCUGUGGAGUUUGAGUAGACAUCCGAACUACUUAGGCGAAGUGAUUCUGUGGUGGGGUCUGUACCUCUCGGCUGUGGCCUCCACUCGCUGCAGAUUUUACCGCAGCUCCAUGCUCAUCAGUCCCCUCUUCGUCACCUACUUGCUGGGCGUCUUCUCCCUCAACAUGCUGGAGAGAUCGAGUGAAAAGAAGUACGGAUCUCACCCGGACUACCAGUCCUACAAGGACACAACACGCAAGCUCAUCCCCUUCCUGUACUAGCAGGCCAACUAUAGAUUUCAACUUCCUGUACAAGCAACAGCACAGAAAACAACUCAUCUACUGACGUCUCGUCUGAACUUUAUUUUUUGUGAUAAUAAUUUUAUAAGCUGAUCUCUUAUCUUCACUUUCAUUAAUAUGAAUUCGAUAU